AUGGGAAACAUCAACUCUUGCUGGGCGACGCACUCGCAGCCGCCGGUAAGCGUGACGUCGUCGGUGUGCACGACGGAGGCCACCACCGCGGUGCACAAGUUCGUGGUGAAGAACUACUCGCUGCUGGACGGCAUGGGCGCCGACAAGUACGUCACGUCGAGCAAGUUCAGAGUCGGGGGCUACGACUGGUGGAUCGAUCUCUGCCCUGACGGCAACAGCCGGGCGCCUGGCUACGUGGCAGCCUUCUUGCAUCUCCUUGGGGAAGCGCCACCGGCGGGUGUGACGGCAAAGUUCACCUUAAGUUUGCUGAAGCAAGAUGGCAAAGUACACAGAGAUUCCAGCCCUCUGAUCAUUACCCGAACCUUCGAGACGAAGGGUUCUGGCUGGGGCAAUCUCAUGAUUAUAAAGAAGUCCAAGCUGCGAGGAGACUGCUUCACCAUCAGGUGUGAUUUGACCGUGAUCGAAACCCCCAUCGUGCAGGAGAUGUUGCCAAAUUAA